CUCCGGGUCGGCACCAGGCUUCCCUUCGAGCAGGACGUGGAUCACGGGAACACCUCGCAUCUGGGUGACUGUGACGGCUUACACCAGGAGAGUUACGUGGAGGAACCGGAUGGCCUGGUGUCCGUCAACCUCCUCAUCAUGUGUGCCGUUUCUGCAUUCACCACCGGGGCGGCGCUCUCUGCCCUGAUGAUCUGCUGGCUCAUGACGUUCAAGCACCGGCGCCGCUCCAGAGGCGGGGCAUCGAGCCAGAGUGGGCGUCGCCAUAACGACAGGGAACAGUGCGUGCUAGGACACGGGCGUAGCGGCUCGGCGAUUAGCGUGACAAGGAUCAGCGGCGUCGACGCGCAGGUAGAAGACCUGUUCACUAACGGCUGGCCUAAAUCUGGCGAAAUCCAGGAUCCGGGAUUGCCGACUCCGGAGCAAACGCCGCUGCAGCAGAAACGGCCCACUCCUGAUAUCCACGACCACACCCAUCUCCACCUUCCGGACGCGGAUUGGGAGCAGAGCCAAACGUUUAUCACCCAAACAGGUCCGAACGCGUCCAUCAUGUACCUGAGUUCCGAUUACUUACAAGGCGUUGACGGAGACCAGCUGGAUGUUCCAGUCAUCCCUAAUGUUGAACGGCAGCGCUAUCUCAUCCUUCCUCAUCCCGCCUUACAGAAAGACCAAAGCAGGCACCAUUCGGCUCCUAAGACGCGCAAUUCCGCCAGCGAAUACCGACCGGCGACGCCUCAAGACUCUCCUGAGCGCAGGAAGGUGGUAUCCGCUCCGAAUCCGCACUCGGACUACGGCAAUCCUCCGCACUGGAGCCAAAAUGGCGUCGGCAACAAUGCCAAACCCAACAGACACCACCAUAACUAUCCGAUACAGCCACGUACGAACGCGGCGCUGGUGCGACCCGGCGUCCUCCACGCCACCAGGGGGCUCGGCGAGCUGCAGGACUUCAGCCAUGUUCUGGGAAGGAGGAUGGACAGCGAGAGGAGAGAAAAAGACAGAGAGUGUACAUCCAACGGACAGUAAAGAGGACCGACAAGCUCCCUCUUUUCCAGAGAGACGUGACUCCCGAAACCUGUCUCACUGCCGUCUAUAAAGUCCCACGGUGUUGCUCGGGCGACGGUUUUUCAGUCGACCGAUUGAGACAGACUCCAAACCAAGCGUCGAGCCGAGCACUUGCCAGUUAGCCUCGUUCCCUGAACAGCCCCGCCCGCCCCAGACAUCCUUUAGCACUUAGCAUGUUAGCAGGGUUCUCCGCAGCCCCUCUGCCGAAGACACGGAGCCACUCUUCAGGAAACCGGAUCUCAGUAUACUGUGAAGUGUUUGCUCGACUCUACAGCCAACAGUAGCAAGUCUGUCUGAGAGGAAACUGUUCAGUGGACGCUAAUCUUCUUCUUUUUUUAUUAUUUCCCCAGUGUGUGUAUGUGUAUGUGUGUGUGUUUGAUAUUCAGGGCAUCCUGAUACCAGAGGCAAGUCUAGACCUCAGCUCGAGGACUUAACGUAAAGACGCCAGAGCCGAGGACGUCUAGCAGCCGAGCCACACUGGAGAAACAGACUCCUUUACGUUUGUGUUAGAAGCGAUCAAAGGACAAAAGUGACUUAAAGCGAUUUGCGAUUGCGUUUUUGCUUUGUUUGUUUGUUCGUGUUUCAUCCGGAGUGCGCUUGUGUGGAUACGCGGAACACAAACGUCCUGAUUUUGACGACUGACGGCGACAGCGAGACAGGAUCUCGAAGACGACCUGAAAUCGAACGUGAAUAGUUUUUACCCUUGUGAGUCCGCGCCUCUGUCCUUUAUUGUGCACGAUUCAUCAGUAUCGAUCGCUUAAUAAACAAACUUCUUUUUUGUUUUUUUUUUUCCUUUUGGAACAAACGAAACGUUUUCUGGUUUUUCGACAUGUCACCACGCACGGGUGGGCGGGGAAACGAAUAUUCAAAUAGCGCUAAUAUCCUGACAUGUUCUACCCCACCCCCCGCCCUCCCCGGCCACCCAGUCAUCUGCGUAUAUAUCCUAAAUCACGUUACGAACGAAACCGCGUUCGGAUGUCUGCUUCACGACGUUCCCGUUACCGUAGCGAUACUCCGAUAUCGUCAACAGUACGUACCGAGCAGUAGCUAUCUUAUAUUAUGUAGCCAGCCACGUUCUUUGCGAAGCUGUCGUAUUGUUGCCAUGAAUUUAUUUAAAUUUUUUUUUUAGAUGAAAAGUGUAUCACGGGGAGGAAAAAGUGGCGUUUUGUGUAAUCCAGACCGAAGACAGUGAUACAGCUAGCUAGAUAACGUUAGGGACAUCUUUAACGGAGAAUCGAAAAGAGAAACCGUCGUGACCGGCAGACGCCUGUCGCUCGGCAAAAUCGGGACGUCUACGGAAAAAGAGCGUUCGCCGACGAUCACGGAACGGAUGGAGAGACGACGCGCCGCGAGCUGCGGGCUCCGGGGCGGUUUAGAAGUAAUAACAGCGAUGCCGAUAACGAUUGUGGGCGGAGUUUGUGUGUGUGUGUAAAUGUUUCUGAAGUGUUUUUGCUGCUGGAAACGAACACUGAGGGCUUUUGUGAGCGUCUUUCUGUCUUUCCGCCUGAUUGACCCGGCCUCUCUUUCUCUUUCUCUCUAAAUCUCCUUCUUUCUGUAAAGUGAAAUGUGAUCUCUCUCUCGCUCUCUCUCUCUCUCUCUCUCUCCAUCUCGUCUCUGGGGCGCUGCUCCGGGAAGCGUCUCUGAGACACUGAGGCUCUUUGUUGCGGGCCGGACAGACGGGGCUCGUCGAGGCGCUAUGAGUCGGGGCAGCGAGGGAAUAGCAAUGAGCGGCCGGACGAGUCAGUCCCUCCGGGGCUCCGUCCUGAUCCGAGAGAAGGUUUUAGCGGGCCGUCGAAGGGAGCAGGGUGCAAAGGGAGGAACGUUUAACGGCCGCCUCGGCUUCUUCCCGCGCUCCCGUAUCCGAAUCGAUUCCAAAACAAGUCCAAUCCAUAAGAUCGGUUCAUCGCUGAAGGGGACAGUGGCACGGCGGCAUCACCGAGAACGCCAACCCAUCGGACGCGGUCGAGGAACGACAGGGACGCUACUGCAUCGUCGUGUCGUCGUGUCAGAUUAUAACGCGCCCCUGUUAAUAUCCGAUUCUUAGAAAUAAAUCGUAGUUUCGUCGUGCAAGUCACGUCAUCGUUGCGUGUUUUAUUUCACGUUAUUUUAUCUCGUUGAGAAGGCGCAGCGUGUCUGGAGCGUGAACGCCGUUUCACCGCCGUUUCUCUCGGGAAUACACGUUUUUAUUUGGCAGUUUGCUUGAUUUUCGCGUGCGAGAUUAUGUCGCGGAUUAUUGCCGCAGCGCGCGUUUCCGUUUAAUUUUACACACAUUUUUACAUUUUUUUAUUUGACGAUGAAAACACGCUCGCUUUUAAAACUGUUGAGGAGUAAAACGAGAGUAAGUCACCGCGGCGGGUUUCCAGCGUGAGUCUCAGAAAUGCUACCCAAAGAAGUCAUUAAUUCUGUUGGUUUCAGAAAGCUUUAUAAGCCAAUUAUUAUUAUUAUUAUUAUUAUUAUUAUUAUUAUUAUUAUUAUUCCGAGCACCAAAAAAUUCUCUUGUAUCUCCAUCUAGGGAUUUCAAGCUACAUGUGCAGGCGUUCACGCUGUUCUCGAGUCGCUGAAUCUUUUUGAAGUGAUCUUUUUGAAAUUCCGGAAUUCCCGGUACGGAAGCUCAAAGCGGGCAAAAUUCCCACCGACUUCCGUUUAAAAAAAAAUUCUCACUGUUGUAACUCGUUGAGCUUUCAAGCUACUUCCGCCAAACUCGGCACCGUCCUUCAGGAUCUAUUUCCCCGAACUGGUCGGACUCCCGGUAUUCCCGUUGCGGACGAUGAAAUUUCCCAAAAACUCCCGUUCACUUACACAGAGGACUGGGAACGUUCAGAGCCUGGCUCCAACUGUCAAAACUCACAAAACCCCCGAGAGCACACGGCCCGAAGCCUAAAAGUAUCGGCAAGCGGUCUAGCUCCAAAAGUACUGGGACGCCGCCUGGCUCCAAAAGUAUUGGAACGGCGUCUGGCCGACGGCUCGCGUUCUCAAGCCGACAUCAAAGUCUGUCGUCACGAACGUGACCUAUCUCGUUACGUAUUUGUUAUUCCGAACACGGUUGUAUACCCGCUAGUUUCUAUAACAGUACUUCUAGCGAUGAUGAAAAUAUUAAAUUAACGGAAGUGUUAUUUAUUGAUGUAAUUAAAGUAAUUCAUUAAUUAAAUCCUGAAAGUAGUUAACGGGAAGCAGUGAACUGUGGAGGGGAAAAAAAAAAACACGUGUAAAAGUUUCUGUAAGAAAUGUGUUUAUGUAACUUUUAGGGAAGGAGUCCCCAGUGUCAGCGCAUCGCACCAGUCAGAGGUAAAGCCGUAACUGAAGGUUUUCGGGACAGGCCGGUUUACGCUUCUGAAUGGUUUCAUGAUCACAUGACAAGCAGGUUAACAGAGACUCGGAGACUCUACUCCCUCCACCCAUAACCUUCUAUUCGUUAUCUUCCUAGCCACGGAUCGACACGUGCGGUUUUACCCCUUAACGGAUCCGGUCGCGAUGGUUUACGGGAAGUAAAAGUCGCGCGGCCUACGUGUUUGUAAAAAUGAAUCCGGCAAAUAUGUCCUCUCGCGGACCAAAUCGAAACCCGUGGGGGGGGAAAAAAAACACACGCGCUCGGGUUCCCUCAGAACUUUUCUCCGUCUGCACCGGGUUGUUUUCUGAGUGCUGACCCGAACGCACAAAAGCACUCGCGGAAACAUUCGCGGUUGGGUUUAUUUGGCUGUUCGUGACCUCCUGAGAGCGCUGAGUACAGGAGAACAUAGAGAGAGAAAGAGAGAGAGAGAGAGAGAGAGAGAGAGAGAUGGAUGGUGUUUGUGCAGAACGUCAGAUCUGAUCGAAUCAACCGACUUAAUGGAGAGACGGAUGGUGUAUUAGAGUCGCUGGCUAUAUUCAUCACAAACAUCAGUGUGUAUUAAAGCAUCAGGACUGACAGAGAGUGAGAGAGAGAGAGAGAGAGAGAGAGAGAGUGAUGAACAAAAUCCACAGGAGAGAGACAAAAAGAGAGGCAUUAUCUUUAGAAUACCCUGGGGAGCUCAUUACCAUGUCUGAGAGAGAGAGAGAGAGAGAGAGAGAGAGAUUGUUAAGUGAAUUCCUUACUGUAGAGUCUCACUGUUUUUCUUUCGGGGUUUUUCCUCCUCCGUGCAUUUUUGAGUGUCAGGUCUGAAAAUGUCAGCGUGCGCUUUUAGCUCCACCUUGAGGCCUGAAAGGUCCGUGCUCCUCUUUCCUUUUUCGCUCUUUCUCCCUACAUGUACUCGAAUCAGCUGAGACGUGUUCGCGUCUUCGUGUUCGCGUCUUCGUGUUCGCGUGUGUGUGUUCGUGUGUGUGUGUGUGUGACGUUCCCUUGUUGUUUUUGCACUGUAGUAACGAACUCUGAAGUCCGUCUCACCCGGAGUUCUUCCCGUAGGCCCUCAGCGAGCGUUCCGGCCCGACCACUUCUCCAGACUCGAAACUCGAGCCCGUGAAGUUUGAAAACGCCAGACGCGUCUGUCUUCUUCUUCUCCGUCACCGUGGUGCGCACGCAUUUCUGACCCUCGGUAUAAGGUAUAAGCGACACACUUCAUAUGAUCUCCUCAGAGUAAAAUGACCCCGUACGUCCGUCGAAGACGCACCGUCUGCGUUUAACACCUCGCCUUCGUCCGCGGGAAACCGGUCGGAUACGAUUCCGAUUUAUUCGCUUCGAGAUAAGAUAUUGGUGACGGCAGACUGUUUUUAAAGUAGCCCCGCUAGCUAGCUAGCUAGCUAACACAGCUGUCAGAUGUUUGCUAAUAUGAGACUCCCUUCUGACUCGAUUGACUCAGACGUUCGUGACGCUACGGUGUUCGGCGACGAGGUGAAGUUUAAGAUGUUUAUUAAACGGGACAGGAAGUCCCACUGCGUCCCGGAAGGUUCCAGAGGAAGCUAUUUUUCUAUUCUGUUACGUGUUAGCUCGGCGAAUCGGCUACAUUUCGGUUGUACGGGAAAUGAGCGGGAAAGUUGUGUACGUGAAAUUAUUUCCUGAAGUUUUUCUUUAAUAUAGCCUGAGCUUGGUGUUUGACUAUCAAGCCAUGAUGUAUUCUCUCUCUCUCUCUCUCUCUCUCUCUCUCGCACGCCCUCACUCUCGCACGCUCUCGCACUAGCGCUAAGCGCCACAAGCCUGAUUAGCCUGAGUGCAUCUCAGCUCUUAAUGUGAUGACAAGAGGAGAGAGGAGAUCCUCGGAGGGGCACAUCAGGGACGAGACGGUCGUAUCUCUCUCUCUCUCUCUCUCUCUCUCGCUCUCUCUCUCGCUCUCGCGUCUGCACUCGCUGCCCUGUUUAAUGUGAUUGCUUUAAAGCCUUCCAGCGAUUCCUGAGGUGGAAGUUAGCAAAGCGCUCCGCCAAGUUAGACGCCGACUCGCCCUUCCCGCUGAACCGCACGCGAUUAACGUUAUUAACGCGAUUAACGACCGCGACGUCAAGGACACGUGAGUCACGCUGCCGCGAGCAAACACCUCGGCAAGUGGGCUAAUCCGACGUGCAAAGUUCAUCCAAACUCUGUAACGCUAUUCUUUCAUCCUAGCGUCACAUCUUCGCCGUUUUCCUCUGGAAAGCUCGUAUCGUUUCGAUUCACGUCACAGAUCACACGCGCGUCACAUUAACAGCUGGCCGGCGAAUCGGCUGACGGUCGGCGGUCCGUAUCGGGUCCGAUCCGCCGGCCGUUCUCAUCCGAUCCGAAUCCUGCGACAGACCGCUUCGAGAAGAUCGUUACUACGUUAUCAGUCGGCGUGAGCUCGCGUGAGCACGGACAUUCUUCCACGCCGGCUUGGGGUCGUGAAGAGAAUUUAGGUUCCGUGGGCGUCGCCGGCACGUUUGCGUCUCGCCCGUUUCGCCCCGUCCCACUACUGACGGGGUUUUUCAGCUUGUUUGUUUUCUUAACGGUAAACAAAUACGAUUUAAUAAGAAAUACGCUACAGCUUUACACCGCUCGCUUAAAUUCGCCAUACAACCACCGCAUGUAAGGUGACGACGUCCCGCCGUGCAUUAUGGGUAAUACACACAGACACGUGAUGUUUUAUUUGACUAUAUAAAAUGGCGUAAGAGAGAUUAAACCCCGAAUUAGAGCACAAUCUCCUGGAGCCCUGACAUCUGUGUGAGUGUGUGUGAGUGUGUGUGUGUGUGUCUCAAACAAAAGCCGCCCUAUCCGGAACACACACUUCACAGGGGCCUCUAUUCGCCGAGCCCUAAUUAAAAGCCCGCUCGUGAAUACGAUGUCCGGAGAGCCCGAGGCGACGGCCUGCUCGGCACGACUCUUUUGUUUUCUCCUUUCCUUUCUUUAGUACGUGUGUAACCCCCAUCACCACCGCCGUCCCUCUUUCUCUCGCCCUCCAGCCAGAACCAGGCAGCACUAAUGGGUCACUAAUGGAAAGAGGGCGUAGCUAACACGAGCCUGAGUCACGACACGCGGUUUUUUCCAUUUCAGAAUAAGAGGGAAUCAAAAGGGACUCGGCGGCGGGGGAUCCGUGGGCCGUAUUUAUAGGCGGGGUCAAAGCACAGGAGCAGACAUGAAUAUCAGAGGUCCGGGGAUUCGGAAAGGUGGCCGUGAAGAGCCGUGAACACGUCCGGCGGCGGAAAAGCUCCGUCUGUGUAGGAGGUGUUUUUGAGAUCGUUGCGGCCAAAAAUGCUCGAUUUUGCGGCGGCUUUUUUUUUUCCCCCUUUCAUAUCGCAGAGUUUUCUGUGCUUUUUUUUAUUCGUUUAUUUUUUUGCAGAGAACUACUCGGACCGGCGAAAUCGCAGCCGCGGUGAUGUCCGUCGGUAAACCAGACCUCCCGGCUGUACCCGUGUUCGACGCACGUGAACCGAAGGGCGCUUCUUUCUCCGACGUCAGAUCUGCGUGAAUUCCGCCGUCAUUUUGAACGAUCUCCGAGCUCCUCGGAGUAUCGCGGCGUCCGCUCGGCCGUAAGCGACACCCGGAACCGACUUGGCGUCCGGACGAUCCUUGACACGCAAACGUAACUCUAAACGGAUAAAAAGUGUAACGUUCGGUGACGGGGGAAUAAAUCGUAUUAGUCGGAUCACGGUGGUGUAAGAGGGACCGCAGACGUCAGGACGUGCUCUUAUAACAAAACGGGCGUCUUCACGUCACGUCACGUCGCCUCGACCCGUACCGCCCAACCCCGCGUGUGUGUUACGUUCGUUAUUCCUCAGAAAUGUCAAAAGUCUCAAGAAUACGGUUAAAGGGGUAGUUCACCCCAGAACGAAACGUCUGUCAUCAUGUACUCGCCUUCGCAUCGUCCCACGCCGGCACGACGGACUUACUGCGGAGCGGAAUCUUACCGGUUAAAAACGCACGGUAUCUUUUACCGGAGUCGAGAAUAAAAACGCCAGUUUUCAUGCAGCAAACUCACAUUGGUGAAAGAAAAAAAGAAAAAAAAGCACAAACGGAAUUGAUUGACAUUUUGUAAAGCUGUAGAGAAACCUGUAUUCGUUAGCACUGAUCUCAUUUUAUAUCCUGUUUGUUUGUUUGUUUGUUUGUUUGUUUGUUUGGGUUGGUUUUCAGUGAUCCGUCUUCGGUGUGUGUAUUCGAUAUUUUUUGGGGAUGAUGAUGAUGAUGAUGAUGAUGAUGAUGAUGAUGAUGAAGAGACUGUGAACUGAAUCCCAGUAUUCGCUCCUGAGCAGUGUUUUGUUUUUUGUUUUGUUUUUGGGUUGUUGUUUUUUUUUUUGUUGUUCAUCUUAAAAGAUGAAAAUACUUUUUCUUUCUGUCUUUCAUUCUUCUUUCUUUUUUAAAAAAGAAAAAAAAAAAAAAAAAAAAAAAGAAGCAAAGAACAAAGAGCCAUGUUUCCCCCCCGGACGUGAUCCCGCCUCCCCGUACGUGUCCGUGACUCCGGUACUUCGGUGUAACUUCAGUGAACUUACGUGCAUGAACUCAGAGCGUUCUUCACACGGUGCGAACUGUCGAGUGCUCUUACACUCCAUCGGUCACGUGCAUGCUCCCUGAACCAAACACACACACACACACACACACACACACACACAACUACAGUGUACAAGGAGCCAAUCGGAAAAGCUGAGGUCGCACAUCACUAAUGCAUCUGUUGCUGUUCAAAUGUCUCUAAGCAUGGCGUGUGUGUGCGUGUGUGUGCGUGUGUGUGUGCGUGUGUGUGUGUGUGUGUGUGCGCGUGCAAUUUGUUGACUUUUCUUACUCCAAUAAACCACCUCAAUCCAA